CGUACUCUUUUCUUUUUCAAUUGAACAAAAAAUUAAACUUUCAAGUCCUCUCUAUGUUUCUCAUGGAUGGUUUUAACAUGUCUGUGCCUCUACCUUUCUCAUACACUUUCACCAUCACAAGCAGCAGAAGUUCGACUACGAGCACCCACACGAAUCCUUGGAUGGACGUUCGGAUAUGGAGUAGGUUACCAGAUCAGCUGCUCGAUCGAGUCAUCGCGUUUCUUCCACCGCCGGCUUUUUUCCGAGCUCGUUCCGUUUGUAAGAGAUGGUACGCUCUCCUUUUUUGCAGCAACUUCCUUGAAUUAUACAUGCAGAUAUCGCCACGCCACCAUUGGUUUAUGUUCUUGAAGCACAAGCCAUUGAAGAACUACAUCUACAGAGCUAACGACAACGCCUGUGGAGCAGACGACAGAACCAACUGUGAAGGGUACCUCUUUAAUCCCUAUGAUGUUUUAUGGUACCGCCUUUCGUUCAACUUGCUUCCUUCUGGAUUCUAUCCGGCUUCUUCCUCCGGUGGCUUGGUUUGCUUUGUUUCCGACGAAGCCGGCACGAAAAAUAUCAUCCUAUUCAACCCUUUAGUUGGUUCUUUAAGCCAGUUGCCCCCCACGCUAAGGCCCCGCCUCUUCCCCUCAAUAGGAUUUACAGUUAGUCCCACAUCGAUUGACGUUACGGUUGCCGGAGAUGAUAUGAUUUCGCCUUACGCGGUCAAGAAUUUAUCCACGGAAAGCUUCCACAUCGAUGCCGGUGGAUUUUACUCCAUCUGGGGCGCCACCUCUUCAUUGCCACGCCUUUGUAGCCUCGAAUCAGGCCGAAUGAUUCACGUCGUCGGUAAAUUCUAUUGCAUGAGUUAUAGCCCGUUCAGCGUCCUAGCUUACGACAUGGCCGCAAACAAGUGGUUCAAGAUUCAAGCCCCCAUGCGAAGAUUCCUCCGAUCACCGGGCUUGGUGGAGAGUCGAGGAAAGCUGGUGUUAGUCGCUGCAGUAGAGAAAAUCAAGCUCAACGUGCCGAAGAGUUUGAGACUAUGGAGCUUGCAAGACUGCGGAACGACAUGGGUAGAAAUCGACAGAAUGCCAUUGCAACUGUAUAUGCAGUUUGCUCAAUUCGAAGGUGGUAAUGGCUUUGAUUCAGUCGGACAUGGCGAAUUCAUCGUGAUAAUGAUUCGAGGGACCGACAAGGGGUUGCUGUUCGAUAUCUGUAGGAAGAGGUGGCAGUGGAUUCCAGCGUGCCCUUACAUUGACUGUGAUAACAAUGGAGAGGAUGUUGAAUUGCGUGGUUUGGCUUAUGAGCCUAGGCUUGCUACGCCGGUUAUCGGUCUCCUUAGUUGAUCGAGGCUGGUUUUUGUUUUACUGAUGUGCUACGAUGAUCUUAAAGCUAGUAGUGU